AAAAUGUUGUUCCAGUGCGGCAGGUGGCAGUAAUGCGCUCGUAACGACUUGUGCAAUUUGUGGGCAAAAACAUGGCGACGUCCUUGGUCAGACAGACAAAAUUGUUGUCGAUGGUGACCAGCCAGUUAAACUCGGCGGCAUGUUUCAGGAACAUUCACUGCACUGCAGCUUGUUUAAAGAACCGUGCAGCUCGUAUUCGAGUGGGUAAAGGAGACCGGCCGUUGACGUAUGAGCAGGUGCAUCACCCUCAUCACAAUGGCCACAGGAAGGGCUGGCUCUCACAACACACUAGUAAUCUUCAGGGUGAAGCUGGAGCGGCGGAGCGCGUGGUGGAGGACGUCUUCAUCAGGCGCUUCAUAUACGGCACGUUUCAUAACUGUUUAGCGGAUGAGGUGGUGAUCAAACGCAGAGGCAACAUCCUGGUCAUCUGUGCUGUGAUGAUACAGAAACUCUUACCGAGUAAAUUCUACUUCCUCAUUGGCUACACAGAGAAACUGCUCUCGCACUUCUACAAAUGUCCAGUUAAAAUCGAGUUGCAAACAGUAGAAGAAAAAGUAGUCUACAAAUAUCUUUAAGGCAAUAUGUUGCGGCUUGGUUAUUGAAGGGGUGAAAUGUCUAUUUGUAGGUGUUCAAUAAGUGUAAAGGAAGGCCUUACAUUUUAAUUAAAUCAUUGGUCAAAAUAUUCACAUCGCAAUGUAAAAAUAGCCUUUAUAAAGAUCAAAUUAUAUCUGUGUUGCUUCAAACAUUGAGCUUGUGUCAAUAAAGGUUGUUUUUCCACACAAAAA